AUGCAAAUUUUCGUUAAAACUCUUACCGGUAAGACUAUUACCCUUGAAGUCGAGUCAUCUGACACCAUUGACCAAGUCAAGCAAAAGAUUCAAGAUAAAGAAGGAAUCCCUCCAGACCAGCAACGUCUCAUUUUUGCUGGUAAACAAUUGGAAGACGGUCGUACUUUGUCUGAUUAUAACAUUCAAAAGGAGUCGACACUUCAUCUCGUCUUACGUCUUCGUGGUGGUAUGCAAAUCUUUGUAAAAACUCUUACCGGUAAGACCAUCACCCUCGAGGUUGAGUCGUCUGAUACAAUCGACCAAGUUAAGCAAAAAAUUCAAGACAAGGAAGGAAUUCCACCAGACCAACAACGUCUUAUUUUCGCUGGUAAACAGUUAGAAGAUGGACGUACCUUGUCAGAUUACAAUAUUCAAAAGGAAUCAACACUUCAUUUGGUGCUUCGUCUCCGUGGUGGUAUGCAAAUCUUUGUAAAAACAUUGACCGGUAAAACCAUCACCCUUGAAGUCGAAUCAUCUGACACUAUUGACCAAGUAAAGCAAAAGAUUCAAGAUAAGGAAGGAAUUCCACCAGAUCAGCAACGUCUCAUAUUCGCUGGUAAACAAUUAGAAGAUGGUCGUACCCUAUCAGACUAUAACAUUCAAAAAGAGUCUACUUUACAUUUGGUGUUACGUCUUCGUGGUGGUAUGCAGAUAUUUGUGAAGACUCUUACAGGCAAAACAAUUACCCUCGAGGUUGAAUCAUCAGAUACCAUCGACCAAGUUAAGCAAAAAAUUCAGGAUAAAGAAGGAAUUCCACCAGACCAGCAACGUCUUAUUUUUGCAGGCAAACAAUUAGAAGAUGGUCGUACAUUAUCGGAUUAUAAUAUUCAAAAAGAAUCCACACUUCAUCUUGUGUUGCGUCUGCGUGGUGGUAUGCAAAUCUUCGUAAAGACACUAACUGGUAAGACUAUUACGCUUGAAGUUGAAUCAUCGGACACCAUUGAUCAAGUUAAGCAAAAGAUUCAAGACAAAGAAGGAAUUCCACCAGACCAGCAACGUCUUAUUUUUGCGGGCAAACAAUUAGAGGAUGGUCGUACACUCUCUGAUUAUAAUAUUCAAAAGGAAUCUACACUUCAUUUGGUACUCCGUCUUCGUGGUGGUAUGCAAAUCUUUGUAAAAACACUUACCGGUAAAACUAUUACACUCGAAGUCGAGUCAUCUGACACUAUUGAUCAAGUUAAACAAAAAAUCCAAGACAAAGAAGGGAUUCCUCCUGAUCAGCAACGUCUUAUUUUUGCAGGCAAACAAUUAGAGGAUGGUCGUACAUUGUCAGAUUAUAAUAUUCAAAAAGAAUCUACCCUUCAUUUAGUACUCCGUCUUCGUGGUGGACAAUAA